GAAGCCAUUAGUCUGAAAACAUCUCGCAGAAUGUCCCGGUAGUAUUGGUCGAUCUUUUCGUGUAGAAUCCCCGCGAUUUCGUCUGUGCUCCAUCGACGAUCACUCCGAGCGUAGCCAAGAUGUCCGGGAUAGUGUCGGGACUGACCACAAAGGGCAGCAGCCGUCUGAAAAAGAAACACUUCAAGCCGAAGCACCAAAAGGCGAAACUCUUCCGAGCCAACGAGCCACUGCUGAGUGUUUUCAUGUGGGGUGUCAACCACACCAUCAAUGGCCUCACGCACGUCAACAUACCUGUGAUGCUGAUGCCUGAUGACUUUAAAUCCUACACCAAGAUCAAGGUGGAUAACCACCACUUCAAUAAGAGAGCAAGUGAAAUAAACUGGGAGAACAUGCCAAGCCACUUUAAAGUGAAAGAGUAUUGCCCCCUUGUUUUUCGGAACCUCAGGGAAAGAUUUGGCAUCGACGAUGUAGAUUACAUGAAUUCGCUGACCAAGUCCCAGGCCAUUGCGGUGGACUCCCCUGGGCGCAGCGGUGCCAAGUUCUACCAGUCGUACGACCGCCUCUUCAUCAUCAAGACACUGCUCAGCGAGGAAGUGGAACAGAUGCACGUUCUCCUCAAGGAGUACCACCCUUAUGUUGUUGAGCGUCACGGCAAGACGCUGCUGCCCCAAUACCUGGCCAUGUACCGGCUCACCGUGGAAGGUGCGGAGACAUACCUCGUUGUGAUUCGAAACAUCUUCAGUAGCUACUUGAACGUCCAUGUCAAGUAUGACCUCAAGGGAUACAAGAGCACUAAGCCUCGUUCAGUAUUAAAGCAGGGAUCCUCUUCCGGAUUUUUAAUCCAGGGAUCUACGGUCGACAGGGAAGCCAGCGAGAAAGAACGGGAAAAGAACAUCCCCACGUUGAAAGACAAUGACCUUGUCAAGGACGGAACUAAAGUGCACGUCGGGACCGAUGCCAAGGAGCGGUUCCUGGAAAUGCUCACUGCCGAUGUAAAUUUCCUGGCCCAGAUGAAUGUGAUGGACUACUCGCUGUGCCUGGGCAUCCACGACGUGGAGCGGGCGGAGCAGGAGGCCAUAGAGCGGGAGCGGCAGGAGGCGCUCAUGGAGGAGGCCGACAACUGCACAGGCGGCAGCGAUGCCAUGCCCCCGUCGGAAGAGGACGAGGACUCAGCGGGCUCUGGCCUCGGGGACGCCGUGCCCACGCCGCCGGACUCGCCCGGUGGACGCCGCAAUGAGCUGGGCCGGAUCUCCAAUGGCAUGUUCAACCCGGCCAGGGACAUCUACGCCAUCAGCAGCCUCGAGGGGGCUCCGAAGAAGGAGGUGUACUUCAUGGCCCUGGUGGACGUGCUGACGCACUACGGCGUGAAGAAGCGUACGGCCCAGGCGGCCAAGACGAUGAAGCACGGGGCGGGCGCCGAGAUCUCCACGGUGCACCCGGAGCAGUAUGCCAAGCGCUUUCUUGACUUCAUCUCCAAAGCCAUAGACUGAACGAGCGUGUGCUUCUGCUGUGCAGGGGAGUGAAAGAGUCAGCGAGUGCUUGUGAGCCGGGGGGAGAGGGGGGUCCCUUUUGCUUUCGCGUUCCUUAUUUUAUUUUGAGGAACAAUUUCCUUUCUCCACUUUGUCUUUCCUCCGCCCCUGCCGUCGUGCACCUUUUCUUCUUUUUUUUUUUUUUUUAAUAGAAGCUUUGUGUUACUGCUUUUUGAGAGGAUCUUGGAAGCAAGAUCUGCUCCAGCAAGGCGUGGCUGAGCACCUCCGGUCCGCUUCAGCAAUGCUCCAAGUUGCUGUUCGGAUGCUCAGGCUUGGCAGGCAACUUGGCGUAUGCUGGCGUACGACACAAAAGUCGACAGUCUUUGCGAUUUUUGCCCUUCACACUGGUUUGGAGAUCGACUCUACGGUGUGCAGCGUUUAAGGUUGCGUGGUUUACGCCCUCUGGCCGACCAUGCUUUGACAAAAAAGCCAGGCACUGGAAAGUGGUGAGGCUGUAAAUGUUGUCUGUAUAGUGUCGCUAGCUUUCAUGCUCUGCGAGUGUCGAACAUGCCAUAUUGCGUCUGUCCUGGCAAGCUGCCCCACAAUUUCAGGUUGCAGGCACGGGAGGGAUGUUUCCUGCAUCGGUUUGUGGUUGCACGAAGGAAUGGAAUCGAUUGUCGAAAAAUUCUGAGUGGAUAUGCAAGCUGUUUGUGAACACUCCCACCUCUUUUUCUUUCUUUAUAAUGCAUGUUUGAUUUAAUACACAAUGUCAAAAAGUUUCUUUUUUUUUUUUUUGUGAAAGGUGGCUUUGUUUGAUGCUCACCACCAUUUUAAUGCUUCCAAAUCUACCCCGUUUUACAUUCUGCAAGGUGUGCUGCAUGGUUUCUUUUUUGUCGAAAGUGGCGACACAAAAGCUCUGGGUCGUUUAUGUAGUAAUGUAAUUCUUCGUCUGUCUUUUAGAAUGCACGGUGGCCGACGUCGCAAAUCGUCGCUCAAUACUGGCAUGCUAUCGUGCUGAAUGGUAGAGUACGGUGAGAACAGGAUGGAGAUUCGGACAUAUUUUCGUGAGCCUGGCGACCCCCGUGCAACGUGGGAAGCGAAAUCGCUGUUUGAAAAAACAAAACGUGUCCACAUAGUUUCUCUUCCAGUAUUGCUCAGUGGUUUGUUAAAUUUCUGUGGUCGGUAUACAGUGUUUUUGUGUGUGCAUGUGGCGAGUGUUUUUGUGCUCGGGUCGCCGCCGGAAUGCGGCGACCUCCUCGGCGAAUCUGUGAAUGAAGCGAGGUCUUCUAAUGACAUCCAUGUAUCUCUCCCCCUCGUUUUGCUAGUCUCCAGUUUGGAUGUCGUGUCUCAACGUGUCGUCUCGCUUUCGCGCCCGGUUCGUUUCUGUGCCACUGCCUCCUAUGCCCUUCUGGCUUUUACACAAACAGUGCUACCACGCACCGCGACGUCUGCAAGGUUCCCGUAGCCCUGUUGAUGGGAAGCGUCUGGUCGAGCAUCUCGCUUGUUUGUGCAGGCUCUCGUGCCACUCUCGCUCCUCGCAAUUUUCGUCUCUCGCCCCCUUCACCUCUCGUCACGUUUGUCUCUUUGCUGGACGUUCGUGCAAGCAGUGUUAGCCGUCAUUUCUGGAUUCUCGUUUGUUCCAUGGGGAAAUGGGCAGUGUUCCACAAGGGAGUGGGCUGUGGUGAACAAGUGCAGACGACCCAACAAUACUCAUUGCUAUCUACCUACCAGUCACCCAUCCAAGCUUUCAAUAAACUAGAGGAUGAAAAAAGAAAAAAAAAAAAAAAACUAUAGUAUUUCCACUCUGGGCAGAGCAGUCUUUGGCCAUUCUAGAUAGUCCUCUAGUGAUUUCUUUCAGAACUCCGUUGGUAGUCCUAGCUGAAUCCUUAUUAAGCACAAGCUUGGUUAGUGUUGUUUUAUUCCAUAAUCGAUUGCUUCCGGGAGUUUAGAUUUCCUGCGGUGCAACGCAGGUUGCAAGUUUCAGGGUUUGCUAUUCUUGGAGGCCUAGAAAUUCUGCCGUUCUAAAUGUCAGAUUUGUAAUGUGGACGAUUACCCCGUUAAAUGCCUGCUUACAAUGCAGCGCAGUUCUUUUUUUUUCCGACUUGCCUAGUGGUGCUGGCAGCCCAAAUAUCGUGGAGGUUGUGAUACCUGCAGCGCAAACUUGUUGGCGUCAUUCAGGUGAUGUGUUUCAUAUUAGAGUUUUCAUAUUAAGUCAUUAGGGCUUCGAUAAUAAAAAAAUAAAAAAAGCAGCAUAGUGGCAGGGCUUGCAGAACUUAGAUUAAAUGUUCAAGCUGCAAAUUGGGUAUGCUACUGUUGUGAUAUUAAGGAAUUGCCAUUGCUUAUGAGCACAUGGACAAAGUAUAGUUUUACUUGUUCUGUGAUGCAUCAUAGAACAGGCUACUAUUGAGCUCUUGCUGUGGGGAAGGAUUCUAUGUACUUUCACCGCACAUAGAAAUGUAUUUACAUGUCGCAUAUUAGCUACAUACGAGCGUGGGACCUCUUUUGUGUUUGUAGCUUUGGAAUUUGGGAACAGGAGACAUUUUGUGGCAUUAGUAUGUAUCGUUCCAGGCGAGAAAUCACCAUCUCCUUUGCCCCAUCCAAAGGGCACUUGCACAACUCAGCAGUGUAUAUGUAUUAUUUCUGGUGUAAAUAUGUUCAUUUCUAUAUGACACUCAAAAUAAAUUUUUAGACAUGUAACAUGCAAAAAUAACUGAUGCCAUUGUUGAUUUCAUUUGUUUUAUUGACAAGAAUGAUGGUAUUAAAUAAACACACUGAGCAGAGCUGUCACCUACAAA